AUGAGCAUUGUGUGGCUUGAACAUAGAGGGUUUUUAAUUUGUGGUGUGAUAUUGACUGUCUCUUGCUUUCAGAAACCAGAUGUCCUGACCACCGGUGCUGGGAACCCCGUAGGAGAUAAGCUUAAUAUUCUGACAGUAGGGCCACGUGGACCUCUUCUUGUUCAAGAUGUUGUUUUCACUGAUGAGAUGGCUCAUUUUGACAGAGAAAGGAUUCCUGAAAGAGUUGUGCAUGCAAAAGGGGCAGGAGCCUUUGGCUAUUUUGAAGUCACUCAUGAUAUUACCCAGUAUUGUAAGGCCAAAGUGUUUGAACACAUUGGAAAAAGAACUCCGAUUGCUAUGCGAUUCUCCACCGUUGCUGGAGAAUCUGGGUCAGCUGAUACAGUUCGUGACCCUCGAGGCUUUGCAAUGAAAUUCUAUACAGAAGAGGGUAACUGGGAUCUUGUGGGAAAUAAUACUCCUAUCUUCUUUAUUCGGGAUGCACUGUUGUUUCCAUCCUUCAUCCAUAGCCAAAAGAGGAACCCUCAGACUCAUUUGAAGGAUCCUGACAUGAUGUGGGACUUCUGGACUCUUCGCCCUGAGUCUUUGCAUCAAGUGUCUUUCUUAUUCAGUGAUCGUGGUAUUCCUGAUGGUUAUCGCCAUAUGAAUGGAUAUGGAUCACAUACUUUUAAACUGGUUAAUGCUAGUGGGAGAGCAGUUUAUUGCAAAUUCCAUGUGAAGACUGACCAGGGCAUCAAAAAUCUUUCUGUUGAAGAAGCAGGAAGAUUGGCUUCUACUGAUCCCGAUUAUGGAAUACGUGAUCUUUACAAUGCCAUUGCCAAGGGCGACUAUCCAUCAUGGUCUUUCUACAUUCAAGUUAUGACAUUUGAAGAAGCAGAGAAGUUUCCAUUUAAUCCUUUUGAUUUAACUAAGAUUUGGCCGCAUGGUGACUACCCGCUCAUCCCUGUGGGAAAGCUUGUCUUGAACAGGAAUCCUGUCAAUUACUUUGCAGAGGUAGAACAGAUGGCGUAUGAUCCUAGCAACAUGCCACCUGGUAUUGAACCUAGCCCUGAUAAAAUGCUGCAGGGUCGUCUGUUUGCAUAUCCUGACACUCAUAGACACCGUCUGGGACCUAACUAUCUACAAAUUCCUGUGAACUGCCCCUUCAGAACUCGUGUGGCCAAUUACCAGAGGGAUGGACCAAUGUGCGUUUCUGACAACCAAG